CUGCACAGCUGUUUUGCUGCGCUUGUUGUCUGCGGCAUUUGUGCACUCAAAUUUGGCGUCCUUUUGAAACGCAUAAAUAAAAUAAACAAAUUAUCUUAAAGCAUUUUAAGCAUUAAACUAUACACAUUUGGCAACUACCAUGUACAACGCAGAAUGCAUAGCUAUAAAGGAUAUCAAGCCCGGACUGAAGAACAUUAAUGUCAUUUUCAUAGUACUUGAGGUGGGCGUGGCGACGGUGACCAAAGAGAACCGCGAGGUGCGCAACUUUAAAGUGGGCGAUCCCACAGCCAGUAUUAAUGUGUCCAUUUGGGAUGAGCCGGGCAAGCUGAUAGCUCCGGGCGAUAUCAUAAGACUGACCAAGGGCUAUGCGUCCAUUUGGCGCCAUUGUCUCACGCUGUAUUCCGGCAAGAAUGGCGAGGUCUUCAAGAUCGGCGAAUUCUGCAUGAUAUUCAACGAGGCGCUCAACAUGAGCGAGCCCAAACGUGGCGAUCCGCAGUCACCUGCGCCACAAGCUGGCAUGGUUGCUGUGCCGACGCCCGUCGUGACUCCCGUGGGCGUGGUAGCCGGUGCCGUGCAGCCACCAGUGAUCACAACGCCCGCAGUGGUGGUGCCGCCCACAAUCGUCAAGCAAGCGGCACGCGGCGGUCGUGCCGGCACAGCACGGGCUGGCACACUCAAAGCGGAGCGCAGAUGAAGCGACGACAGCCACAGGUGGGACAGGUGGUCAGCAGCCGCAUUGGACGGCUAAUAGCUUGAAAGCAAAAUAGUUAUUAAAGUAUGUAAAAGUUUUAUUGCGAAUCGUGGACAGACAACAUUUUAUGAAACAAUAUUUUUUUUUUGCGACGAGCGAUUGUAUCUGUAAAAAUUACAUACGUACAAAAUAAUGUUAAAUAAA